AUGGCGCCAAAACCCCCGCACGCGCAAGACGAAGUCCAAGCCCAUUCGAUCCAAGAACCGGAGUCUUUCUGGGCACAUCAAGCUGAACAGCUGCAUUGGCACAAGAAGCCUUCCAGGGCAUUAGCGCGGUCGACAAAGAAUCUCUCCAAUGGCAUCUCGCAUUCCAGCUUCACCUGGUUUCCGGAUGGAGAGAUAUCAACAUCCUACAAUUGCGUAGAUAGGCAUGUCAAGAAUGGCAAUGGGGGUUCGACGGCUAUCAUAUGGGAUUCGCCGGUUACUGGGAGCAAGGAGAAGUAUACAUACAGCCAGCUUUUGCAGGAGGUGGAAACACUUGCUGGCGUGUUGAGGGAAGAAGGCGUGAGGAAGGGCGAUGUCGUGCUUGUGUACAUGCCUAUGAUUCCUUCUGCACUGUUCGCCAUACUCGCAAUCUCCCGUCUGGGCGCUAUUCACACUGUCGUAUUUGGAGGUUUUGCGCCUGCGUCAUUGGCACAAAGGAUCGAGGCUUCCAAACCUCGAGCUAUCAUGACCGCCUCUUGUGGAAUAGAGGGUUCCAAAGGGCCCAUGAAUUAUAAACCAUUCAUCGAAGGAGCCUUGCAUAAAAGUAAGUAUAAACCUGAGAAGAUUAUAGUAUGGCAAAGAGAGCAGUUGAGAUGGCAUCCGGUAAUCAAAGAGAGAGGAGAAAGGAGCUGGCAGGUUCUCGUCAAAAGCGCAAGAGAUAGAGGAAUCAGAGCAGAGGCUGUCCCCGUCAAAAGUAGUGAUGGAAUCUACAUUAUCUAUACAAGUGGCACAACAGGUUUACCCAAAGGAGUCCUCCGAGAAGCAGGUGGACAUGCUGUGGGUUUGAACCUUUCGAUCAAGUACUUGUUCGGAAUCCAUGGUCCAGGGGAUGUAAUUUUCUGCGCUUCAGACAUUGGGUGGGUGGUGGGACAUUCAUAUAUACUGUAUGCACCAUUGCUUGCCGGAGCAACUAGCAUUCUCUUUGAGGGAAAACCCAUCGGCACGCCAAACGCCAGCACAUUCUGGAGGAUAAUCGAAGAGCACAAAGUUAAUGUGCUGAGUACAGCUCCUACAGCUCUGAGAGCUAUCAGGCGGGACGAUCCCGAGAACAAGUUUUUCGAGAAAGCGGGCCAGCGAGGAGGCUUGAAGCAGCUUAAAGGGCUGUUCCUCGCCGGUGAGAGGAGCGAACCGAGUAUAGUACGCAUGUACCAGGGGCUUCUCGAGAAAUAUUGUGCGCCUGGGGCUCAAGUCAUCGAUAAUUGGUGGUCUUCAGAGUCUGGCUCUCCAAUUUCAGGGCUUGCUUUAAAUGUCGCUGCUGGAAAAGACUUCACUAGUAUAGAAGUCCACAGGGCGUUGCCAAUCAAGCCUGGAUCAGCAGGGAAACCCAUGCCAGGGUUUGACGUUAGGAUAGUCAACGAUGAAGGAAAAGAAGUUGGAAAAGGACAGAUGGGAAACAUCGUCCUGGCAGUCCCACUUGCUCCUACAGGCUUCACCACGCUCUUCAACGACGAAGAAAGAUUUUACAACGGCUACAUGAAACGUUUCGAAGGCAAAUGGAUCGACACGGGGGAUUCUGGCACGCUUGACGAAGACGGCUACGUGCACGUAAUGUCGCGGUCAGACGACAUCAUCAACGUGGCCGCUCAUCGUUUCAGCACCGGCUCCAUUGAACAAGCCAUAGCGUCUCACCCAGAUAUCGCCGAAUGCUGCGUGGUGGGUAUUCCGGAUGCGUUGAAGGGACAUCUGCCCUUUGCUUUCGUCACGCUCUCUACAGCGGAGCAUCCCGAAUCUGCGAUUCCAGAUGACAAACCGUUCAAAGAAGUCCAAAGAUCAAUCCGUGAGCAGAUUGGCGCUAUAGCGGCACUCGGUGGUAUGAUUCAAGGGAAAGGCAUGAUACCAAAGACGAGGUCGGGGAAGACAUUGAGGAGAGUGUUGAGGGAGCUGGUGGAGAAUGCUGUGCAUGGUGAAUUUGAAAAGGAGGUGCAGGUGCCGGCGACGGUGGAAGAUGCAGGGGUAGUGGAGGUGGCGAGAGCAAAAGUGAAGGAGUAUUUUCAGCUCAAGGGGGCUGAUCUGCAUAAAGCGACAGAGGAGAGAGCGAAGUUGUAG